UUUAUUUCAUAAUACACGCGGUAUUUUAUGCUCCUGAAUGAUAUGGACCGCUUGGAUGUGUGUGGAAGCGAUCGCUAUAUUUAUUUAGUUUUUUGAAUCCCGCGCCAGGAAAAUGAGUGACUUCCGGCUUCGGUCUCGCAUUGAGGAGGAGGGCGCUGUGACGUGUACGGUAGAAGACGUCCUCUUCACGCUACAGUGUACUGUUGUGUAUGAGGACGAAGGAUUCAGCUGAUUUUGCGGAUUAAUACUUUUAUUUUUUGCAUCACGCCAGCCAAACGGCUGCAGAAAAAUCAUUCUGUAUGCGGGAGAGGCGUAUGCGCCUUUUUGGAGUUUCAAAAGGUUCCCAUUCACCGUGGAUAUUUACUGUGGGACCAUUGGACUUACAAGGAAAUAAAGACUAUGAAAAUGCCAUCAAGUAUUACUCAGAGGCCUUGGAGCUCAACCCAUCCAAUGCAAUCUACUACAGCAACCGCAGCCUGGCGUACCUGCGCACGGAAUGCUACGGGUACGCCUUGGCGGAUGCCACCAAGGCCCUCGACAUUGACAAGAACUAUAUCAAAGGGUAUUACCGCCGGGCCACCUCCAACAUGGCGCUGGGCAAGUUCAAGGCCGCGCUUAAGGACUAUGAGACGGUAGUACGCGUUCGACCGAACGACAAGGACGCGAAAAUGAAGUACCAGGAAUGUAACAAGAUCGUCAAACAGAAAGCCUUCGAGAGAGCCAUCGCUAGCGACGAGAUCAAAAAGUCGGUGGUCGAUUCGCUUGAUAUUGAAAGCAUGACAAUUGAAGAUGACUACACGGGUCCCAAACUGGAGGACGGCAAGGUCACCUUGAAGUUCAUGAAGGAAAUGAUGGACUGGUUCAAGGAACAGAAGAAACUGCACAGAAAGUGCGCAUAUCAGAUUUUGGUGCAAGUAAAAGACCUUUUAUCCAAACUACCAAGUCUUGUAGAAGUCACAAUAGAAGCGGCAGAAAAAAUAACAAUUUGCGGCGACACGCACGGGCAGUACUACGAUCUCCUUAAUAUCUUCGAGUUGAACGGCCUACCGGCAGAGAGCAAUCCAUAUCUUUUCAAUGGUGACUUUGUAGACCGUGGCUCUUUUUCAGUGGAGGUCAUUCUCACCUUGUUUGGAUUCAAGCUGCUCUUUCCUGACAACUUUCAUUUGCUUCGAGGUAACCAUGAAACGGACAACAUGAACCAAAUGUAUGGCUUUGAAGGUGAAGUUAAGGCCAAGUACACCGCGCAAAUGUUCCAGCUAUUCAGCGAAGUCUUCCAGUGGCUGCCGCUAGCCCAGUGCAUCAACAGCAAAAUUCUGGUCAUGCACGGUGGGCUGUUCAGUGAAGAUGGCGUCACGUUGGAGGAUCUCAGGAAGAUUGAGAGGAACAGACAGCCUCCAGACUCGGGUCCCAUGUGUGAUCUCCUCUGGUCGGACCCCCAGCCUCAGAACGGGCGGUCGAUAAGCAAGCGAGGCGUCAGCUGCCAGUUUGGGCCCGACGUGACGGAGCGCUUCUUGGAUCAGAACAAGCUGGAUUUCAUCAUUCGGAGUCACGAAGUCAAGGCGGAGGGCUACGAGGUCACUCACUCAGGGAAGUGCAUCACAGUCUUUUCGGCGCCCAACUACUGUGACCAGAUGGGAAACAAAGGAGCUUUUAUCCACCUCAGGGGAUCUGAUCUCAAGCCAGAGUUCCACCAGUUCACUGCCGUGCCUCAUCCGAAUGUCAAGCCCAUGGCGUACGCCAACACGUUAAUGCAGCUGGGGAUGAUGUAGACGUCCAAGGCAACCUGGAAGCGUCACACAUCAUUUCUCUCAGUGCGCCACGACUCCUCCAUGGGUCUAAGAGAACGUCGAGGCCCAACCUCACUUUAUGAGGGAGAUUCCUUAGACUCACUCACCUGGUCCACAAGGUUACCACUUCCAAACUGGAAAACAUUUGCUCGCUUCGUACAUGAAUCCAACACUCAGAAUCACUGUUAUGUCUCCUUGUUCUUGUUUUGUUUUUGUUUUUUUUAAACGAUUGACAUGGAUCACCUUUCUGGUCCGUACCAAAGAUGUGUAACAAAUUGUCAAGGUUUCAUUCAACAAUGACGCUCAGCGUUCAACGCACGCGCACAGCUGGAAUGGUUCAAGAGCAGCAUGUUCAUGAGUGUCUCCAAAAAAACAGUAUGAUAUUUGUUUCCGUAUUUUAUUACUUUUUCAGGUAUAAGUACGAUCCCAGUUCGGAAAAAAAAGACUGACUCUGGGUUCACCGAGGUGCUGUUUGCUCUUUGUGACGUGUUAGCUAGAACAGAUGUGCUAAACGUUUAAUUUGCACUGCUUCUUCCAGAAGAAGAUACUGCUGCUCCCCUCGCCACCAUAUUUUCAACCCGGCAGCUCAUACACCGUCCCAAACUCUGAACCCAAACACCCAAUAUGUCACCCGGAAUUGUGGAAAAGUCCGGUAGCACAGGCAACGUAAAACGUCCAUAAUGUAACCCUGUCUUGAAAACGCACAGCUGCAUUGUAUCAUGACCCUCGACUUUUUAGGUAAAGAAAUACACUUAUGUGUAUGUAUAUAUACUGUAUCAUUUAUUGAGAUUCCAUGUAAUGUUUGGAGAAAAAAACUGAAUAAUAAUAAAAAAAAGUCCUGAUAUUUUAGA